GUCGCGGCGCGGGCUCUGCUUCCGGGUCGCGCCGCCGCUGGCUGGGGGCGAGGAGCUGCUCGGCGCCGCCGCUGCCAUGUCCCCCGCGGGACUCGCUCCCGGGCCCGGCUCCGGAGCCGCCUCUCGGUCGAUGUGGAGGGUCACAGACCGCUGCCUGCAGGGGAGAUAGCCGUUAGCGUGUUUUGCCUGAAGAUUCAGGCUUUGAAGACUGCUGAGGAACACACGCAUUCGAAUCAUUUAAGCAUUAAAAUAGUAAUACCCAUGGAAGAGCCACAAGACUUACCCGAACAACCAGUGAAAAAAGCCAAGAUGCAAGAAUCCAGAGAACAAAGCUUAAGUCAUGUGAGCAACACAGAGGUCAGCGAUCAGAAACCCGAAUCUUCGAGCCUUGGUCCAAACCUUCCCAUGUCAAGUGAAAUUAUGACAUGCACUGAUUAUAUUCCAAGGUCAUCAAAUGAUUAUACCUCACAAAUGUAUUCUGCAAAGCCAUAUGCACAUAUCCUUUCUGUACCUGUGUCGGAAGCAAUGAGCCCUUAUCCCGGUCAGACUCAGUACCAAGCACUACAGCAGUCUCAGCCCUAUGCCAUCUACCCUCAAACCACCCAAACCUACGGACUACCUCCUUUCGGUGCACUGUGGCCAGGUAUGAAACCUGAAAGUGGUUUAAUUCAGACUCCAUCUACAAGUCAGCACAGUGUGCUUACCUGCACUACAGGGUUAACCACAAGCCAACCCAGCCCAGCACAUUAUUCUUAUCCCAUUGAAGCAUCAACUACCAAUACCAGUCCAGUCUCUACAUCCUCAACUGUUGUCAAUAUUUCCACGUCAGCAGUAGCCAGCAUCUCACAGGAGUAUCCUACAUACACAAUCCUUGGCCAAAGUCAGUACCAGCCAUGUUACCCAAGUUCUGGCUUCGGAGUCGUAACACCAGCAGACAGCAACACGGACAGUACUGCAUUAGCAACAACUACGUAUCCAACUGAAAAACCAAAUGCCAUGGUGCCUACGCGGACGGUGCAGAGACAUUCCUCUGGAGAUGCAUCCACAAGUCCCUCGUUGUCAAAAGCAACAGCAAGUAAAGACUUAGAUGAGCAGACAAGAAAAAACAUCCCUGGGAAGAACAGGGGGAAGCGGAAAGCAGACACCUCCUCCUCACAGGACAGUGAAUUGGAGCGAGUGUUUCUGUGGGACUUGGAUGAGACCAUCAUAAUCUUCCAUUCACUUCUCACAGGGUCGUACGCUCAGAAGUAUGGCAAGGAUCCAACUCUAGUGAUUGGCUCAGGUCUGUCCAUGGAGGAGAUGAUUUUUGAAGUAGCUGAUACUCACUUGUUUUUCAAUGACUUGGAGGAGUGUGACCAGGUACACAUAGAUGAUGUGGCAUCUGAUGACAAUGGCCAAGAUUUAAGCAACUACAAUUUCUCCACGGAUGGCUUCAGCGGCUCAGGAAGUAAUGCAAAUCACAGCUCAUCAGUUGGCGUCCAGGGUGGAGUGGACUGGAUGAGAAAACUGGCAUUCCGCUACCGCAGGGUACGCGAGAUCUAUGACAAAUAUAAAAGUAAUGUUGGAGGCCUUCUUAGCCCGCAGAAGAGGGAAGCUCUGCAACGACUAAGGACAGAUAUAGAAGUGCUAACGGAUUCCUGGCUAGAAACUGCAUUAAAGUCCCUGCUACUUAUACAGUCCAGAAAAAACUGUGUGAACAUCCUGAUCACAACCACCCAGCUGGUGCCAGCUCUUGCCAAAGUUCUCCUUUAUGGAUUGGGUGAAGUGUUCCCUAUCGAAAAUAUUUAUAGUGCUACAAAAAUAGGUAAAGAGAGCUGUUUUGAGAGGAUCGUGUCACGAUUUGGAAAGAAGGUCACCUACGUGGUAAUUGGAGAUGGGCGCGAUGAAGAGGUUGCAGCUAAGCAGCACAACAUGCCUUUCUGGAGGAUAACAAAUCAUGCAGACCUUGUGUCCCUUCACCAAGCCCUGGAAUUAGACUUCCUGUAAGAAGCUGGAGCAUAGGCGUGACUGCAGCUCCUACAAGCCCUCUCCAUCACUGAGGAGGCAGAAAUCUCUCAUGUUUGGGGACUCACUUUUCAGCUUGAUGAAGAAAACAUAGCUAAUGCAAAUUGUACAGUAGAAAGUGACACCAGGUCAUUUCCUCAGGAGCACAGGCCCUAUCAAGUACAAAGGUGUCAUAUAAAGAAGCACUGGACUCGUUGCUAGAGCUUGUCUGAAGAAGAGACUUACGAAAGCCAGCUGAAUUCUUCUAGCAGGUAGUCUCCAAAGGGGUAAUACAGUAGUGGAAGUGUUUGUAAGAGCCUUCUCCUUUCUAAUCAACUUAGUUAUAGAACACAAGUAAAUACAAAACCUUAUUUUUAUAGAAAAAUACUGUUGGCAGAGCUGAACCUCCCUUGUUUCACAAAGCCAAAAAGAGCUAUUGUUUUUUUCCAUGGGAAAUAUUAAUGAAAAUGUCAAAAAUACCUCUGUUGCUGUGAAAUGUGUCCUCUCUCCUUCCCUGGGUGUUCAAAGCAGUUAAUUUAUUACAAUUUCCUUAUGUUGUUUCCACAACAUGGGAUUACUGGAAAAUAGAGAAGGGAAUGUUUCUGGAAUAAGUAGUUCCUUGUAGAGGAAAGUACUGGGGUUCCUAGUUAUCCCAUUGGUUUCUAGUCAACAUGUGCACAUUGCACUUGGCCCCAAGCCCUACUUACAAGCUGGAGAUCAUCGAAUUUCACCUAUCCAUGACCUAGACUGUAGAUCCCACAGAUUUUCCCUCCACAGGAAAAGGAAACUGCCUGUGAACAUUACAUACAGUAGAGCACAAUUGCAGACAGUGCUCAGAUGUGAACUGUUGGCCCUGGAAUAAUCUGAGAGAGAACGAAAGCCUCAUGAAUAUUAUAAAGAAGGGUAUGGUAAUUAACCUCUGCUUUCCUGAUUCCAUUUGUGCGAGUGAGUUCCUUUAAGUAGAAUCAGGUUCAAUUUCCUUGUAUUCUUCUUUGCAUUAGCCUAACUACAUAGUUAGAAACAAUUAAAAGAAAACCCUUGUUAAGAGGAACUUAAUUUUCUAGGACACUGCGACUUGGCAGCCUGGAGCACACUGGCCAUAGGACUGAUGGUUACACUGAUUUUUCUGCUACCAUCUCAGAAAAAAAAGGCUGGAGUUGGUGACCCGCAGUAGCACUAGCCAGAAAUAGCCAGCCGGAGACUCGGGACUGGCGUGGGGAGCUUGAGCCAGGCUGGUUUGGUGCCAGGUCAGGCUUUGUUCAGUGGCAUCCGCCUCCUCCCUGUGCCCUAACAGCACCAAGUUAGCAGGUGCCUGAGGUUUCUGUGCAGAGGACAGAUGUCUUCUAAUCCCCACCAUGUGCCUCUGCUUUUCAUGCUGAGCCAAGCGCAGCUGCCCCCAAACCAUUCCAGACAUCUAGUCUCCGGCCCGGGGUCACCCAUGGGGGACUGGUCUGAAAGGGCCAGCAUUUUGCUCUGAGGAGGACACUGACGCCAGUUAGGCUAUGCCCGUAGAAGCAUGUGAUGUGUUUAUGCCAUUUUAUACUGUUAAUCGCUGAGGAAUAAUUCCCAUCAGUGCUGGGGGAUUUGCUGGCAGCUCUGGCAAAGACCUCGGGCCAGCGCAGCACAUGCUCUGGCACGGAAGAGUGACCGUUGUUACAUGAAUGUUGGUCCCUGUCCUGGUUCCCAUCACUACCAGUGAGAUGGUGCCUGGAGCAAGCGGUUUGGACCCCCAGAGCUAAUUGGCAGGACACAGAGGUCUUCGUAUUGACUGUUCAUGGCUUCAGUUCUGGUUUUGGGCAGAGAGGGAAAAAAAAAAAAAAGUAGUUUCUCUUUCUUGAAGAUGCUUACAGAGUCCUGGGAGCAGUCUGCUUCUCCAUCCAGCUCCUGUUAGCCUUGUGCUCUGAUCUCAGGCAGACGCUCUGUGUCUCCACAUUUCCCCCCAAAAAACCUCAGCUUCAGGAGCAUGCCCCGUAUAUAGAAACCGCUGUCUGUGAGCAGCAGAACAUCAUCUCCUGUUAGAAAAUUUGAGGAACCAAUUUCUGCGGACGGUGUUUCUGAACAGGUCAUUCCGGGGGAUUUCUUGUGGUUUCACUGAUAGCUGCAGCUCCGCUCGCAGCCUGCGGGCCCGGCAGUAGCCCCGGAGCAAUCUUGGAAUGCGCUUGGGUGAAUGGCGGUGGCAUUGAACUAAAGCACGAACUGGAGCCCGUUAGGCAAAUGAAAUGCAUGUUCUCCCAUGCAUCAUGUGUACAGGGUGGAGAGCUCAGGUACAGGUGUGCCAGGGCGUUGGGAGUCUGUGCAGGUGCGUGCUUGAAGGGUGUUUCACGACAGGCUGGGCCCCGUGCAGAGUGGAGGAGGAAAGAUGCCAGGGCUGCAGCUUCCUUACACCUAGAUCCAAAGUCUAGUUCAUUUGAGAUCCUCAUAAAGGCUAGUUACUGUGUCAGUCCCAGACAGUCUGGGAGGAAGUGAGCCAUGUGAAACCACAUUAGUUCUGUGGAUCUCAUACGUUAUCAGAAGAUCAGGACUUCUUUCAAGUCACAGAGGAGUCUGUGCUGGUUCCCAAACAACUCUCUGAGGGUCGCCAGCCCAUCCAGAGGUCUCCUGUAAGCCUUCUUGUGUGAUGUUUCGGCCUCUGCAACAGUCUCUUCAGAGCAAGUGUCUUGUACUCCAGCAAGCUUAACUUUGGGAUUUAAACCUGUGCCUUAACCUCCCACCAUCUGGCUUGGGCAAGUGUCUCCUUUGCGUCAUAAACUGUCCGAAGUAGCUUGCAGGGGAGAGCCUCGCUGGCCUGCGCUGGAGGUGGGAUGUGUUUUGCCCAGGUGCUCGCAGCAAGUGCUGGAACCGAGGUACCAAGCAGCCCGGCAGCCAGCAGGCUUUGCUUUGUGUUUGUUUACUUCAAAAUGUUUUAGGGAAAUUUUAAAAUGUCAGCAAAAUUUUAGCUGAGUGUGAAACUAUUGCAGCCAGUGACAUUUCAUACUGAUAUUUAUACGAUGUCUCCUUGAAUGUAUGUAAAAUACUUUUCUAAGAGGAGGUUGAUGGUACAUUUCUGUGUUUAUGUCAAAUAAAAGUUAACCUGACUAUUUUAUUUUUUUCCUCUGUUGGCUGACUUUAAGAAUUUCCCCGUCUCUGAGGUGUCAGGAACAGCAUCUUUAUGCAAGGAUUGAUUUGCUGCUUUGUCUCUUUGCUCUCCCGUCAUUUCCAAUCUGGCUGUAGUCGAACUGGUGAGGAAUCAGAAUAGCUGAAUAACAGACCAAGGCCUUCCCUAGCCUGCGGCGCUCACUCGCAGCCUGCCUGGGUGCUGCACAGGCAGCCUCUGCCCUCGCCUUGAGCUUCACUCUGCUUCGCUGCAGCCCCAUAGGUUUUAAGAUCUGAUCCAGUAAUGUUUGCUGCCUCCAAGAGUCCUGGUGAAAACGGCUAUGUUGGCCCUUGGACUGGAGCAUCACAGAAAGCAGAAGGUCCCACCCGAGCCCACAGCGGUGUAAUAACGUCACCGUCCGCGGCAGGAGAGAAGUGAACACGAGGGCAUUACUGGCUGUGGAUCCUUCGACUGUUUGUGUUCUGUGUAAUGGGAACUGUCCUAUGAACUGGAAAAAAAUAAAGUCUUUAUUUUCUGUA